AUGCAGAAGCUAAGAAAUGAAACGAAGAGUGAAAUACUGCGUGCAGCUUUAGAUGACGUCACUUGUAUACCUAUGGCAUCUAACAACAGCGACAGAACAUCAAAUGAUGUCACCGACUAUGAAAUCAAAGAACAAAAGGGUAUCUUCGAAAUGGUCACCAGCGGCUAUUUAUUACAACAAGACAAUAACGAUAAAGAGUUUUAUGAAGAAACAAGUCAGUCGUUCAAACCGGAACCUACCGUACAACCUUUGGUUAGAGAACAAAUUCCUUUAACAGACAUAGCGCUCGAUUCGUUACCUUGUCCGAGUGAAUUAAGCCAUAACAAAGAAGAUUCACUAAUGCUUUCGUCGAAAGACGAAAAUUAUUGGAGAAACAAUUCCUCGAUUACUAUUAUCUCAAACUUAGUAUUAGUAUUAACGAUGGUUUUGAUAAAUGUUUUAAAGUGAACAUUUACAGUAUAUUCUGUAAAAAUACAGCAUCGAAUAUAGGGCUGUCACAGGAAUAGAGGCUUAAUCAAAUAAAACUUUUAUUACCUUUUGCAGUAGGUUUUAUUUAAUUGAACCUAUAAUUCGGUGAACGCAUCACUCGACACUGUAUUUUGAACAGAAUAGGACUGCUCAACUCAUUGUAAUGUAAAGAAAGUUUAAAGUGUAUUUUAAAUUAGUAUUAUAUUUCAACUGCUAUUUGUUUUUCUAUAUUAUAAGUAA